AUGAAGACUGCUUUAAUUUUGCUCAGCAUUUUGGGAAUGGCCUGUGCUUUCUCAAUGAAAAAUUUUCACCGAAGAGCCAAAUUAGAGGAUUCUGAAGAAAAUGGGGUUUUUAAGUACCUACCACGGUAUUAUCUUUACAAGCAUGCCUACUUUUAUCCUCCUCUAAAACGAUUUCCAGUUCAGGGUAACAGUGACUCAUCUGAAGAAAAUGGAGAUGGUGAUAGCUCAGAAGAGGAGGAAGAGGAAGAGGAGAAUUCAAAUGAAGAAGCAAACAAUGAAGAGUCUAAUGAAGAUGAAGAAUCCGAGGCUGAGAACUCCACCCUUUCUGCUACAACACCUGGCUAUGGAGAGGAGACCACGCCUGGAACGGGAAAUGUAGGCCUAGCUGCGAUCCAACUUCCCAAGAAGGCUGGAGAUGUAGGAAAGAAGGCUACAAAAAAGGAGGAAAGUGAAGAAGAAGAAGAAGAGGAGGAAGAGGAAGAGGAAGAAAAUGAAAAUGAAGAAAACGAAGCAGAAGUGGAUGAAAAUGGGCAAAGCGUAAAUGGCACUAGCACCAACAGCACAGACGUAGAAAAUGGCAAUGGCAGCAGCGGCGGAGACAACGGAGAAGAAGAAGAGGAAGAAGAAAAGGCAGAAGGAACCACAGUGGCUGGAGAGCAGGACAAUGGCGGGUUUGAACCCACCACUCCACCACAGGAGGCCUAUGGGACCACCCCCCCACCACCGGGGGAAACCACUACCACUGAAUAUGAGGGCGAGUAUGAACAAACAGGCACCAAUGAAUAUGACAACGGAUAUGAAGUCUAUGAAAAUGAGAAUGCGGAACCUCGAGGGGACAAUUACCGAGCCUAUGAGGAUGAGUACAGCUACUAUAAAGGGCGGGGCUAUGACAGCUAUGAUGGUCAAAAUUACUACUACCACCAGUGA